AUGGCCAUGUCCAUCUCAUCCGGCGAAGACGAAGAUUACCUUUCCGACGGCCUCUCAUCCGGCUCCAGCUCCGACCGCGACUCUCCCCCCCGGCCUCUCUCCCAAAUCUACUUUGCUCCCCCCUUCUACGGCCGGCCGCCAACGCCUCUGCCUCCCUCGCCAUCACUCACGUCCCUCCUCAGGCCGUCCCGGCCAACGACUCCGGACCCGUCCGACGAUGAAAACAUUGCGCCCGUGCCCCGGGCGGCGCCCAAGGUCCCCACGUACGAAUACUACGGCUUCGUCCUGUACCUCUUCAGCAGCCUCACGUUCCUCAUGUACCUGCUCUGGGCGUACGUUCCCGCGCCGUUCCUGCACGCCCUGGGGAUCAAGUACUACCCCGACCGGUGGUGGGCGCUGGCGGUGCCGGCCUUCCUGGUCAUGACGCUGGGAUACAUAUACGUGGCGCUGGCGGCGUACAAUACGGAGAUUCUGACGGUGCCCAUGAGCAGCGUGGAGACGAUUGUCGACGGCGCGGGCAAGCCGGCGGUGAUUGAUUCCAAGGGCAGGAUCAGGGGGAGCGGCAAGAGGGAGAGGAAGUGUGAUGCCAGCGGGAGGUUGAGGUGGAGGGAGAUUUGGAAUGAGGGGACGGAUGCGGUGAUGGAUAUCCCGCUGGCGGGUGUGUGCGAGAUUUUAUACGGCGAGGGGAGGGAGGAUUUUGAUCAAGAGCAUUGA